AUGGCGUCUCAUAUGCCUGCCGGCUAUGCCGAGGACCGCCUACACCGGUACCUCGCGCACUGGACGCGGGACCCGUCGAAUGUGUCCAAGCUCGAUAUUGCUGCCAUCACCUGGGCGACCGAGGAGGAGCGGCGGGCAAGACAGAAGAAGUACUGCCAGGUAGCAUCUGACUACUACGAUCUCGUCACGCCGCUGUACGAGCAAGGAUGGGGUCAGCACUUCCACUACACGCCCCUCACGCCCGGCCUCUCUAUCCGGGAGAGCAUGACGGCGUACGAAAAGACGUUUUCCGGGCUGGCCCGCCUCAAGAAGGACAUGCGCGUUCUGGACCUGGGAUGCGGCAUCGGCGGGCCAGCGAGAACCAUCGCCUCGACCAUCGGGUGUAGGAUCAUGGGCAUCACGAACAAUGCCUGGCACGUCGAACGUGGGACGGCGCUCACAAAGGAGGCUGGACUGGAACAUCUGAUCACGUUCAUUGAGGGGGACUUUCUGAAAUUGCCGUUUGCCGACGAGUCCUUCGAUGCGGCAUACUCGAUCGAGUCGUUGUGCCACGCCCCUGACCCGGCCGAGGUCUACAGGGAGGUCAAGCGGGUGCUGAAGCCAGGCGCGCCGUUCACGUUUCACGAGUUUGCCAUGACGGAGCACUCGCCGGCCCCGUGGUACUAUGGCCCCGCCGGCGAUAUCGGGUGGGCAUGGAAGAUACCCGGAUGGCCCGACUUCUGGAAGGUGUUCCAGAUGUGGGAUCCCUUCCGCGGGUGUGCUCAUGCCGUUUACCGCGUGAUGAUCCUCGUUGGCAUGGCACCCCCGGAGGUCUCGACCCUCAUGGACACCAUGUGGUACUGUACCAGGAGCGUGGUUCAAGGCGGGAGGAUGGGCAUCUUCACGCCCAUGUACGUCUUUGUUUGCCGAAAACCGGCCGGUGGGUUGGAAUCUUGA